CGUUGUUUAAUACUGUCGCUAUCCCUUAACUGUACGCAUUGUCUAGUUUAUAUGUUACGCUACAAUGGCCAUUAUUUUAAAUUAUAAAUAUUACACCUUGACAUUUUACAAGAAAUAAUUCGGCGAAAGAUGACUUCUAAUAAAAGUCCAGAUAUGGGUUUGUCAAAAUCCAAAAAUGUGCAGCAGCAUCGUGUAUCAUCAGGCAAUGUGAAAAAACUGCAGGAUCUGAGUUGGUGGAUACCAUUCGGAAUAAUACUAAUAUUUACUAUUGCAACCAGAUUUUAUAAUGUAACUGAGCCGCAACAUGUUUGUUGGGAUGAAACACACUUUGGAAAAAUGGGAAGCUGGUAUAUAAACAGAACAUUUUUCUUUGAUGUUCAUCCACCGUUAGGAAAGAUGCUGAUUGCAUUAUCUGGAUACUUAACUGGGUAUGAUGGAACAUUUCCAUUUGAAAAACCUGGUGAUAAAUUUGAGAAUGUUAAUUAUGUUGGAAUGAGAGUUUUUUGUACGUUUUUGGGAGCAACGAUUGUACCGUUAUCAUAUCUUAUUGUAUGGGAACUGACUAAGUCAGUACCAUCUUCAAUAUUUGCAGCUAUAUUUGUUUUAUGCGAUGUUGGCUUACUGACAUUAAAUCAGUAUAUACUACUGGAUCCGAUACUAUUGUGCUUUAUGAUGUGUGCAACAUGGGGAAUGGUACGUGUAGGAUCGCUGAAGCAUAAACCAUUCACAUUAUCCUGGUGGGGAUGGCUAUCAUUUACUGGUACUUCACUUGCUUGUACAAUCAGUGUUAAGUUUGUAGGACUUUUUGUUGUUCUACUUGUUGGCCUUUAUACAAUAUAUGAGUUAUGGAGAGAACUCGGCGAUUUGACAAAGAGUAUGAAAUACAUAUUACAACAUUUACUGGCCAGGUGUUUGUGUCUUAUUAUCUUACCAAUGUGCCUUUAUAUGGCAUUUUUCUAUAUUCAUCUUACUGUUUUAAAUAAAAGCGGUGGCGGUGAUGGAUUUUAUAGCUCAGAAUUUCAAUCCUUGCUUCAAGGAAAUUCAUUAUACAAUGCUACCAUGCCUCGACAAUUGGCUUAUGGUGCCUCUAUUACCUUAAAAAAUCAUCGAACAGGAGGCGGGUACUUGCAUUCACAUUGGCAUCUUUACCCGGAAGGAGUUGGCGCCCGACAGCAGCAGAUCACGACUUACUCUCACAAGGAUGAUAAUAAUUUAUGGUUGGUAAAAAAAUUUGAUUCGGAUGAAAUGCCGUCGGAAUCAGAAUUGGUAAAACAUGGUGAUCUUAUUCGUUUAGAACAUGUUAUUACAAGACGAAAUUUACAUUCGCACAAAGAAAUAGCACCAAUUUCAAAGAAACAUUAUCAAGUUACUGGUUAUGGAGAAAAUGGUACAGGAGACGCCAAUGAUGUAUGGAAAAUACUAAUACAUAAUGGAAAAGAAGGUGAUGUUGUUGAAACAGUGACAAGUAAAUUAAAAUUCGUACAUUAUCUUCAUCAUUGCGUUUUGACUUGCAGUGGCAGAACAUUGCCAAAAUGGGGAUACAGCCAACAAGAAGUUUCUUGCAAUCCUAAUAUGAGAGACAAAAAUUCCCUGUGGAAUAUAGAGGAUAAUCAUUAUGCGAAACUUCCCAACGUGAGCUUUCGAGUGUACGCCCCUAGUUUCCUGGAUAGGUUUUUGGAGUCACACGCAGUUAUGUUACAAGGAAACUCGGAUCUAAAAAUAAAAGAAGGAGAAGUAUCCUCUAGACCAUGGCAAUGGCCGAUUAAUUAUAGGGGUCAAUUCUUUUCGGGCAGUAACCAUCGGAUAUAUUUGUUGGGUAAUCCAAUUAUAUGGUGGGGAAAUAUUAUAUUUCUCAUAUUGUUCACCGUUGUGUAUAUUCAUGCUGCUGUACGGGAGCAUCGUGGCUAUGAAGAGGAUAAAUGUGUAGUAGAACAUAGAAAAAUCGUUAUGGAAGCUGGAAGUUGGCUGUUUAUUGGAUGGUUACUUCACUAUGUGCCGUUUUGGGCUAUGACGCGUGUUUUGUAUUUCCACCAUUAUUUUCCAGCACUACUUUACAGUUCAAUGUUAACCGGGAUCACUCUCAAUUAUAUUAUCGAAAAUAUUCUUGUAAUAUUUCCUGGCAAGAUCGGAAAUACUAUUUAUCACGUAAUAGUUGGCAUAGUAAUAUCAAGCGCUAUGUAUAGUUUUUAUCUAUUUUCCCCAUUGGCAUAUGGCAUGGAUGGACCAUCGGCAUUGGAUGCUGACAGCCCAAUGCAUUCCUUAAGAUGGUUGGAUUCCUGGGAGUUUUAGAACAUAAAUCUAUUUCUAUAAGUAAGAACAAAACAAUUUGGUUACUGGUGAGUUUUAUAUUAAUUGAAAGACCAGCCGACUGUCUA